AUGUCAUGGAGAUUGGAUGUGGCUGAUGAAAUCCUUUUCCCAGUCGACGAUCUUGUUGACAGGGAGGUUGUCAAGGAAACCGUUGACACCAGCAAAGACAAUAGGGACUUGGAAUUGGAUAGCCAAAGGAUGGUACUGGGAUUGCUUGAGCAGCACCGUCAAACGAGCACCAUGAUUAAGCAAGAGUUGGGUGGAAGUCAAGCAACAUUGUUCUAUUGA